AAUUAUAGAAUCAGAAAAAAAGACUCAUAAUGGAAAAGUUAGGGUUGGUACUCUACAGGACUGACUGUCAGCCGGAUUCCGAGUGAACAGAUGGGUUGCCACAGAUUUUACGUCAAAUAUUUUAAAGAUUCAUUUCCAAUGGAAGUAGUCAAAUCUGAGAGGAUGCGUAAAGUUCUUCUAAAUAUUUUCUUCCCGAGGUGGUGGGACCGACGUUGAGAUCGACGCCGGUAGGGAGAAUUAGGUGGCUUCUUAGCUCUUACACCGCUUGGUAUAAGUAUAUAUUUUUGGUAUCAAUUUUUUUCCAAAGUCAAAUAUUACCGCUGAAAAUCGCUUAUAAAAGGUUCAGAAGCCAACUGAAAGUGGACAACAAGAAGCAUUUACCAAAGCAUGCAAAAAAUGCCGAACGGUUCUUCAAAGAGUUAUUGCUUGUUAGGGUUUCCGUUAGGGGUUCUUUUUCUUUUCCUCGUCUUUUCCUCUUUCCCUAUGAAUGAAUCUCCACAUCAACAGUUCUUUUCUUCACUUACUCUGCCCUCUCUUCUUGACCACACGAACGCAUUACAAUCCUCAUCUUCUACUUCUUCUUUAUCAAACUCUCCUCCCGUUUCGAUAAAGAAAAGGAGCAAUCUUGAGAGAAGAGAAGAAGAGUUGAGGAAAGCAAGAGUUGCAAUCAGAAGAGCCGUCAAGUUUAAGAAUUACACGUCCAACGAAGACAUGACUUACAUCCCCACAGGCCAAAUUUACAGAAACUCAUUUGCCUUUCAUCAGAGUCAUAUAGAAAUGAUGAAAAGGUUCAAAGUAUGGUCGUACAAAGAAGGAGACCAGCCACUGGUUCAUGAUGGGCCGGUGAACGAUAUCUAUGGAAUCGAGGGACAAUUCAUCGACGAGCUCGAAAAUGUGGUAGGCGGCCCAAGCGCCCGGUUUAGGGCUUCCCAACCUGAGGAAGCGCAUGCCUUCUUCUUGCCCUUCUCCGUUGCCAACAUUGUCCACUACGUUUACAAACCUAUCACGUCACCUGCCGAUUUUAAUAGGGCUCGUCUCCACCGAAUUUUUAAUGACUAUGUAGACGUUGUGGCUCGCAAGUACCCUUUGUGGAACCAAAGCAAUGGCGCUGAUCAUUUUAUGGUUUCCUGCCAUGACUGGGCUCCUGACGUGCCAGGUAGUAAACCAGAGUUUUUCAAGGACUUUAUAAGAGGACUUUGCAACGCCAACACAUCGGAAGGUUUCAAACCGAACAUCGAUUUCUCUAUACCUGAGAUUAACAUUCCUAAAGGGAAGCUAAAACCACCGUUCAUGGGCCAAAACCCUGAGAAUAGGACGAUCUUGGCUUUCUUCGCAGGAAGAGCUCAUGGAUAUAUAAGGGAAAUCUUGUUCAGUUACUGGAAAGGUAAGGAUAACGACAUUCAAGUGUACGACAACCUCACAAAGGGACAAAACUAUCACGAACUGAUUGGUCAUAGCAAGUUUUGUCUUUGUCCUAGUGGCUACGAAGUGGCUAGCCCAAGAGAAGUAGAAGCUAUCUACUCAGGAUGUGUCCCUGUUGUGAUAUCUGAUAACUACUCGCUUCCUUUCAACGAUGUGCUUGAUUGGAGCAAGUUUUCGGUUGAGAUUCCAGUCAAACAUAUUUCUGAAAUCAAGAAAAUAUUGCAGGAGAUUCCACAUGACAAGUAUUUACAGAUGCAUAAAAAUGUUAUGAAGGUUAGAAGACAUUUUAUGGUGAAUCGUCCGGCUCAACCGUUUGAUGUCUUCCACAUGAUACUUCACUCUGUUUGGUUAAGGAGGCUUAACAUUAAGUUGCCUUCUUGAUUUAAAUCCUUUUCACUAUUUAAAAUCUUUUAGCUGCAACAAAAAAAAGAACAAACUGUUGUAGAAUUACAUUUCCUUUUUUUUUUGGGCAAAUAGAAUUACAUUUCCUUUCACCAGAAAGAGAGAGAAAGUAGAAAGAGAGAGAAAGUAGAUCUGAGGUG